UGGUUGUUUGCGUCGCUGUGUGGAAGCGACUGAAGUUUUGUAACUUAUUGCUUUUAUAUGUUAUUAAUGUGGACCUCAUGUACUGCACAAAGGGGGGCCUUGGUUUUACCACAUUAGCGCUGUUUACAGUGAAUGGAAAUAAGAGUAGACUUUGUAAACAGCUCUCUGCUUCAGUAAAAUCUACCACCAAUAUGCCUAAAAAAGACAAACCGAGCAAAAUCACUCAGAAGAAGCAGCCUGAAACACCAACCGGCCCAGUUUCCACCCUUAAAGAUGGCGCGAUUGCUAUAGCAAUACAUGCCAAGCCUGGAGCAAAGCAAAAUGCCAUUACAGAUGUAAGUUCAGAGGCAGUAGGGGUUGCUAUUGCUGCACCACCCACAGAUGGAGAGGCCAAUGCAGAACUAGUACGCUACCUGAGCAAAGUACUAGAGCUGAAGAAGAGUGAAAUAACACUGGAUAAGGGCAGUAAAUCCAGAGAAAAAGUUAUUAAAGUCACAGCACCAAUUAGUGAAGUGGAAGUUUUGGAGAGACUGAAUCGAGAGGCCGCUGAUUGAGCUUGCUGAACAAUAAAGUGAGAACUGCUUUUACAGCAUUAAUGCACUGUUCAAUUUCUGGAAAGAAACAACAUACUCCUCACAUUGUGCUCUAAUGAGACAUUUUAAGGAUUUUAAAAUCCUGUCUAAAAAGAGGGCUUCUCUUCUCUGAUCACAUCAGUGCAAAACAGACAUCCAGCACAAGAUUUCAACUGUUUUUGGAAGUAUUUCAUUUAAGUCAUGUCUAAAAUGUGUUAUAUAUGUAAAUAAUGCAAACUGCUCAAAUGUAGUAAUUAGGUACUGUUGCAUACCUGUCAGAAUAAUUUAAUGACAAUGAUGUGACACUUAGCUCACAUCAAAAAAAUAAAAUCAGCAAAUGAAUAGAAAUGUUUGCAACAAAAUGCCCUAUUUAUUUAUCUUUUCUGCAAAGGAUUUGUCAAAAUUUUGGCUUUUUUUUUUAAAUAUGCCAUUAUCAAGUAGCUAUGUCAGAUUAACUUUGAGGACAUUUUUAUUUCUGUAAUUAAACAUGGACAUUGUGGAACAUCUGUUUUUUCCACUUUAAGGGUUUUGCAGUUUCUUCUGGUGUUCAUGUGUUUUUUUUUACCCUCUGUCUUAACUGUAUCUCCCAAAAACAUGCAAACAGUGGACUGGCAUUUCUGAAUUUCCUUUGUGUAGGUGAGGUGUGUAUGUGUAAGUGCUAUGAAGGAUUGGUACACUGUCCAGGGUCUUGAGUGCUUGAGUGAGUCAAAGGCAACUGGACUUCCUUGAGGUUCUCGAAGAUGUUUCACCUCUCAUCCGAAAGGUUAAGCCUCAAGACUACUAUAACCUGGUUGACUGAGAACCUAAACAGACCCAGGGUGUCUUUGUACUUUUUGUUACCUUUUGUCAUCUGUGUUCUAUUGCAAGGUAAUAAAUUAGUUUGAUCCUCAACAUAA